UAUUAAAGUCUAAAGUUAUCAAUUGAGACUGACACUUCAGGUUUCAGUUCGCAAUUUUUAUUAUUUCAAUCUGAAAAUAACGAGUAUGCCUAAGCCAGUGACUGGAGUCUGCAUGCCAGUCACAACAAACUGUAAUUGGAGUAAAGAGGUUAUGAAAAUUUAUAACAAAUACUUUGUUUAGUGACUUAAAUAUAUAUAAAUUUCAAUGAAUUACUUAAUUAUUUUAUGUGUUUAUUAAGCACAUUUUCAUUUGCAUUACUUGCAUGAACAUGCAUCAUUGUAGAUAUUUAAGCAUUUUACGGCAUAAACCAAUACAAAUAGCAAUAUGUAAACAUUAUUCAAGCGAAGAACAUUUGCUAAAGAACUUUUCUAAACAUGUAAACAUUACUGAAAGUGAAGCACGAUAUUUGAGUUUAAAACAACCUGUGAUUAAAAAACUGGACGAAACAAAACUACAAUGUUUAUUAAGUACUAUACAAGAUUUGGGAUUUUCAAAACAGGUAUUGUUGAAUCAACCAUCUUUAUUUGGGAUAGUACCUUUCACAUUGAGAUACCGGUACAGAGUGUUACAAGAAUGUGGAAUAGCAACAAUAACGCCAGAACAUUUAUGUUCUUAUUUGCCUUUAGUGAAACAGAAAACUAUUAGUCAGUUGAAAAAAAGUGGAGAUAUAUCAGUUUUCAUAAAUGUAGAAAAUAGACUAGCAAGUUAUUUGACUCAGUGGCCUACAUCAGUGACUACUUUAAUUUCAGAAGAUGUAAAUAAAUUAUCACUUUAUAAUAUUCGUCUUAAAAUUAUUCAAAGGUAUUUGGAACUUGAAUUGGAUCUCACUAAAGAAGAAUUUAACAGAGGUGUAGAAACAUAUCCUACAAUAAAACACAGGCCAUUGGAAGUUUUAAAUGAAGUUUUACAAAUCUUAUUAUCUCAAAUUAUGAUGCCAAAACAUAAAAUUAAGUCUAAUUUAUACUUACUGCAUUCUGAUCCAGAAAACAUAAGAGAUAUAAUAUUAAAAUUAAGGACAAUAGGUGGUAUUGAUGUACGAGAAGUCAUAAGAAUGCGGCCCAAAUUAGCUAUGAAGAAUUGUUCCACAAUGAUAGAAAUUAAGAAUAUAUUAUAUGAAUAUGAAAUCAACAAUGAAGCACAAAAAAGAUGCUUUGAUAUUUACACAUUGGCACCAAGUACAGUGAGAGAAAGACUGGAGAGAGCCAGAAACAUGCCAGAGUUCAACACAUUUUAUAAUCAUCCAAGGUUUUUGAAAAUGAUACAUUAUAAUAACACAGUUUUAAAAAGAUUAAAUAAGUUGUAUGAUAAUAAUAAAAAGUGUAUGAGCCUUAACAUAUUAUCAGGUAGUUCAGCACACUACGAGGUUUUUGAAAAAGCCCCAGGUGAUCGGUUAGGGAAAGGGAAAGACCUUUUAUUUUGUGUUUCUCAGUUGUUGUCAACUAAAUAUAGUAUGAAUGAAAUUCGCAAAGUUUUAAAAAGGCACCCUUUCUGGAUAAAUAUACCAUUAGUACAAGUAAAGUUUGUGUGUCAUAAUUUAUUGAAGGAGUAUAGUAAUGAAGAUAUCUAUGAAAAUUGCCCGAUACUGCUUUAUCCAUGGAAUAAAAUAAGGGACACACUUUUAAUUCUCAAUGGAGAAAGUACCCCAAAAAAAUUCCCAAUUUCAAUAGAAUAUUGCAACUUGAAUCAGUUGAAAAAGUCUCAGAAAUUAAGUUUAGCUCUAUACAUUCUUGAGAAAAAUCACUAUUUUACUGGUAAUGGAGUAUGGACUGAAGAGAAAAGUAAGACUUCAAAUAAUUUAUUUGAUGGAGUACAAAAGGAAGGGAAUUAUGCUAGUAAUGUUUAAGAACAAAGUAAGUAAUUAAAGUUUAUACUGUUACAAAAAA